CGCACACAUUCAGGCUGUUGCCACGGGAGACAUUACAGCACCACUUGUCAUGGGGAACAGGUUUUGGGGUCCCUGCGUUUUCAUACUCGUUUUCCACGAGGCGGCUGGCUUUAGCAUCAGGAAUGAGCUGCUGGGUAAGUGUGUGCAGGUCCUGGUCCAGGAUGGGCAUCCCGGGAGCAGGGUGGUGCUGGGGGAGUGCAUCCCUGGUUCAGCGCUGCAGGAGUGGCAGUGGCUCCCUGAGCGCCUAGCCCUGAGCAGCCGGCUCACAGGAGAGUGUCUGAGUGGYCAGGAGCAUGAUCUGAGUGUCAGACUGCACCACUGUGGCCCUGGGAAUGAGGAGGGAGCUGGGGCUGCAGGUGGCGAGGUGGGCAGGGAGGGCCAGGCAUGGGCCUGCUCUAAGAAGGGCCACCUCACACUGCAAGGAAAGGGGCUCCACCUCAGCGCUCCUCACGUAUCCUCUAAGUCGUCUAAGGUCUUCCUCUCUAAAGAGCGUAGACAGGCCAGCAAGUGGAGAACGCUGGGCAACCAUACUGUCUGUGGGAAUAGAGCCAGCCAUCACCACCACCAUCGCCACAGGUCCACACAAACUGCUGCUCUGCCCCCCUCAACAAGUACCMCUUCCAAUACAAACAGCCAACCACAGUGGAGCGAUGAUGUUGUUGCCCCUAACACCACUGGAAUGGACCGUGGGACAGAGCACUCUCAUCUGGUUGAAAGCACCAUGGGCCCUGAGGGCCCCUCAAUKACAUUCUUCAACGCUGAGUAUGGGUUUGGCUGGAAAGUGACCAUGCUGGUGCUGAGCUCCCUGGCUCUGGUGCUGGGGACUGUCAUGCUCUUACUCAACAUCCACCACAACAGGAAGAAGAAAGUAGUGUGUGUGCUGAAGUCGUACACUCCUACAGGGCUUGUGAGUCAGCCGGGGUCCCCUGUGCUCAGCGAGAGAGCCCCCCUCACUCAGUACCCCAUGCGGCCGGCCCACUCUCCCUCACUAAAGCGGGGAGAGAUCUUGAUCAAGUGGAAGAACGCAGGUGUGAGAGAGCAGUGGAUUGUACAUACUGUAGUCGUAACAUGUUCAAGGUGAGUCCUGAGGUAUUUGUAGCAUUGCUAUGAUAUCAAUUGCUAGUGUUUUGAGGUGUCAACAAUGUUGUCAAUCUAAUAUAGCCAAAUGAGAAUAGAARAGAAUAAUCAUAUUUUUUGCAAUGAUAACAGGAUGUUUUCAGAGCUAGUAUUAUGACAGCUUUUGUAUGGAAGAUAUGAUGUGAAAUGACGUUUUAAAUUGGUGAAAUGUGGAAAAGUAACAAAAUAUUUUUGUGUCUGAAUUAUGGAUAUUAUACUUGCUUACUAAUAUAAGAAGAGUUUACAGCUACUGUAAAACGUUCUGACAUGUUGAUGCAUAGAGCCUUACUGAUAUGGGGAUUUUGGGUCCGAUACUGAUUUUGAUUUUUUUAAGGGACACAUCUAACCGAUACUGAUAUCUGCCGAUAUACUGUUUUACAGUAGGGAAAUUAAAAAGUGUCAUUUUUGCACACUGAGUUCUCUUAAAUUGCUAUCCAAAAGAGCAAUCGUCCAAGAAAUAUGUUUCAAAUGUUGAUUUCUUAAAUUGUGACAGUAAUGACAUCAUGAGCCAGCAUCAUACCACCCUGCAUCCCACUGCUGGCUUGCCUCUGAAACGGAGGGUGUUUUCACACUUGGUCCCUUUAAGCGAAUUUUUGAAGAACUAAGUGCAGUUCGCUUAAUUUUUUGGUUCAGUGUGAACACCAAAGGAACUCAGACCCCUCAAAAGCAUAACAGCGGGAAGUAGGUGUGCUGCAGCUCCCCCUAAAAAAAAUAAGAAAUCCAAAAUAUAUACAGUUUAUGUUUCUCUCACAAAAGUAGUGCACUGGGCCUUAACUAGUCCUCUGUUAGUGGACUGAUAUAGCUGUCUGUGGCCCAAGCCCAAAAGACAUCUGUAACCAAAUCCACAUUGAAAUGUGAGUUAUAGAUCUGUCAUUCUCAUUGAAAGCAAGUCUAAGAAGCGGUAGAUCUGUUGUGUGUGCGUUAU